CAAUAGCGAUUCAUCCUAUCAAAACAUUACGUAUUCAGUUGGAUCGAUUAAUUUAUUGAUUUUAGGGUUCAUAUUGCCAAUGGAUCCUGCAGGUGAGCGGCAGAGGUCCGGGGUUUUGACUGUAGGACAGGUGAGUCAUCACAGCAUUGAGCUCAUCUGGACACGGGAAAACGGCACGAACUGGACCGACCCACCGGAAAACUGGACCUGCUUCAUCCUGGAACAGAAGAACGACAGAAAACACACAUAUAAAGAGAUACAUAAGGGGUACAACACACGGUUCACGGUGGAGAAUCUAGAACCGAAGACCACCUACACGUUCAGACUGAAGGUCACGUGGCCGUCUGGUCAGCAGCGCUAUUACCCAUCAAUCUCUGUUUCUACAGAAAAAGAGCCUCUGAACGGCAGGAAUCUUCACAAUGCUGUCAUCAGGAGCGAUGAGCUGGAGCUCUGUCGAGUGCUGCAGUCCAUAAAAGUCACAGUGGAUGUUCCUGACAAGCUGGACUUUACUCCUUUAAUGGUGGCGGUGAUGAAGGGCUUUACUAGUGGAGUUCAGAUUUUGGUUCAUCAUGGCGCAGAUGUCAACAAAAAAAACAACAGUGGCAAAGACAGCCUGAUGCUGGCGUGUUUCCACGGGCACCUGGAUGUGGUGCAGUUCCUGCGCAGCUGCGGGGCGUCCUGGAGCUAUCGGGACGGAUCGGGCUGCUGCGCUCUGCACUGGGCCGCUGCUGGAGGACAUCUGCCCGUCCUGCAGUACCUCAUACAGGACGGGUGUGAGGUCGAUGUGCGGGACGACACCUCCUGGACGCCCCUCAUGAUCGUAUCGGUUAUGACCGGAGACUCGGCUGUAGCUUCAGUGUUAAUCACAGCUGGUGCUGAUGCUAAUGUACAGGACCGAGACGGGAAAACACCACUGAUGGUGGCUGUGCUGAAUAAUUAUGAGCAUCUAGUUAAAAUCCUGCUGGACAGAGGAGCCGAUCCAAACAUUCAGAACCAGGCUGGCGUUAGUGCUGUGCAAAUGGCGCGUGCAUUUGAAAGGAAGAAUAUCAUCAGUCUGUUUGUGGAUAAGAAGUGAGAGAAAUGAGACAAACCACACGUCGGUUUCAUAAACAACUUUACUAGCGCUGCCCUUUAUGCUGACCGUUAUUUGUGUGCUGCAGACAUCAACGUACAGUAUCUUAUUUCACAUUUUCUUGAUUAAUCAAAGAAUUAUCAUAAAAAAAGCAGUUUACACCCGUGACACUGAAGAAAAUACGAAAAGAACGUUACAUGAGCAGAUUUACUGAGUGCGGAUACAACGUGAAUCAAAGUGAAUAAUAGUAAAUGAUAACUGUGAUUAAAACAAGCAAGGCAGUUAACCUAGAGACACGUGAUCAUCGUAUCAAGUCAGCGUCUAGAUCUGAACAGUCUCUGUGCGUACUGUAAUGCACUGUGUGGUUUAACACUGUAAAAAGGCAACGGGACACUCGCGAUGUUUGCUAAUACAGUGAAUGAAGAUGAAUUUGCAAAUGUAAACACUGAGAUAUAAUGGCACUCAUAAGGUGUCCGAAUAAAGGCCUAAAAGACCCACGUUUGAGAUCAUAAAUGGCUCAGUGGCAACAAAUAAUAAAGUGAGAAGACUCAGUCUUGAAUAAAAACAAGGCCUGUUAGUCUCAGGGCCAAACAUCAACCUGCAAAUGGAGAGUAAAAUUUGCAAACGCUAUAUAUUUUCUUAUUAAAACACACUACCAUUCAAAACCUUGGGUAACUUUCACAAAGAUUUUGUUUUUUUGAGAGAAAUUAAUAGUUUUAUUCAGCAAGGACGCAUUAAAUUGAUUGAAAGGGACAGUAAAGGCAUUUAUAAUGUUAUAAAAGAUUUCUGUUUCAAAUUAUUGCUGUUCAUUUGAACAUUCUAUUCAUCAAUAAUCCUGAAAAAAUGAGGAUGACUUCUGAAGGAUCACGUGACACUGGAGACUGGAGUAAUGAUGCUGAAAAUUCAGAUUUACGUCACAGGAAUAAAUUACGUUUCAAAAUAUAUUCAAAUAGAAAACACAUAUCUUAAAUUGUAAUAAUAGUUCAGAAUAUUACUGUUUUUACUGUAUUUUUGAUCAAAUAAAUGCAGCCUUGGUGCACAAAAGAGUUUUCUUUCAAAAAAAACAACAAAAAAACUUUUGAGUGGUAGUGUGUAUAUUUUUGAAUUGUGAAGGAUGUUUGCAUGUCUUUGUUUACAAUCUUUUCCAUCAUUGUGCAUCAGACUGUCAUUCUUACAAAUCAAUUUAUUCAUAAGUUCUGUAGUUAUUAUAUUAUGUAAUUCCUCAAAGUGGCAAGUUACAGAAAACUAUUUACUCACCGAAACUAAUUUGGGUAACACUUAAAGCCUUCGUGUGUAAUGCAUUAUAAAAAUAUUCAGAAUGUUCACUGUAAUGCAUAAAACUGUAAACAAAGAUUAAAUGCAUUCAAAUAUUUGAAGGUUUGUUUGUUGUUGUGUUUAAUGCAUUACUUAAUGCAUACUUUCUAAAGGUGUAACAAUGAACACAUAAGUAUUAUAAUUGUAUAAAUAUUAUAAACUGUGGUUGCAAUUAUUCAUGAGAUCAUACAGUGCAUUAUAAGGUGCAUAAUUAAUGCAUUAAAACUAAUUUUAUAAUGAAUUAUCUAUAAAGGCUUUAAGUGUUACCCUAAUUUGUGUUCAUUUUGACCCUGUUGACAGUAAUUCAUGACCAUAAUCACUGCAAAAACUUCCAAAAUGUUUUGUGCACAUCCGAUUAUUUUAGUGCAGUGUGUUCAUUUACCCUGACAAAUCGCCCAUGAACCUUUGCCAGUGAUUCAAAACCACUGACCGCAGCGUGUUUGAGGGAGACCAGAGGGAUUAUGGGACUAUUUAGAGAAGGAUUCAUGUGUCUGUUUCCGUUAACCACAAUCUACUUUUAAUGCUCCAUGUGGCAACAUUAUUUGGGUUGAUAAGAAAGAAAAUCCAUGUAAUUUGUUUAAUCAUUUCCCCACAGUAACUAUUUCAAAGUACAUCUGUGAGAAUAUGGCUGCAUGACCAUGAAAUCAGGGCCUGGUUUGGCUUUCUGGCUCUCAGAUCUUUCCAGUCAUUAAAGGUCUUUUCAAAGCUGGGAUCUCCUGAGUGAACCGUCUAUCUGAACAUCUGACAGAUCACAGGAACACAACUGCAUCCUUACGAGCUUUGAAAUCAACAAAAGCUGGACUUGGUGCAAAUGUUUUCAUACUCACAAAAAAUGAGAAACAAGACUUGUUUAGACAUGUCAAAUGGAGUGAAUUCAGAACAUUAUUCAGCUGCACAGUACUGUACACCCUGUGUGCAUGUCCAGGUCAUACAUCACCUCAAAAUCAAAAAGAAGAAAGCCUGUUUUGAAGAUUGUUUGCAUUGUGAUAUUUUAAGCACAUUUUCUAAUUUUUCAGUAUACAGUAAUGAAAAUAAUCAUGACUGUAUGAUUUUUAAAUGAAAGAAUGAAUUUGUUUGU